AUGGGAAUCCGAAGAGAACAAACGCCACCGCGAGCGGAGACGGUGACUGGAAUCCGAAGGGGUGAACGCCACUCCAAGCGGCUGGAAGGUUCAGACCCUCCCCAGAGCGGUGGCCUACUCCCCCAUCCUCUGGAAACCCCGAGUGGGCUCCGAAUUCCAACCGGGUUCUUAGUUCGGCUCAGCCUCACGACUUCAACCCCCAAAAGGUGCCUCAACACGAACGCCCUGCCGCAGGGCUCGAACCGUGGCGGGACCCAGACACUGCGCGGACCCACCUCCUUCUCCCCUCAGUCCGGGUUGCGCGGAGUGGCGUCCACUUCCGGGAGACAGCCGGAAGUUGCCGGAGGUGACACAGGCCCGGCCGUGCCUGAGGCCGACCCUGAUUUCCCACCUCGAGAAGCAGUUGCUUGUAUCUGCAAAGGUCCGCAACUUCUCACGGGGCUGCUCCUGCCUCUUCCAGCAGUCACGGCGCCUUUCCACGGGGCUUAUGAAAAUUUUGGUGAAAAAAUGCUGCUACAGUGUAGGCAUGGCGCCUCUUUUCCGAAGCUAGAUAACUUGGUACCAAGAGGAAAAAUGAAGAUUCUCCUGGUCUUUCUAGGUCUGCUUGGCAAUUCCAUUGCUAUGCCAAUGCACAUGCCCCGAAUGCCUGGAUUUAGCAGUAAAAGUGAGGAGAUGAUGCGAUAUGGUCAAUUCAACUUUCUGAACUCCCCACAUAUGGGGCAUUUUGGGCCGAUGUAUGGUAAUGGCUUGCAGCCCCCUCCGCAGUUCCCACAGUACCAGAUGCCCAUGUGGCCUCAGCCCCCACCAAACACGUGGCAGCCACACCAACCCUCAGCAUCCAAGCGCCAGAGCAAGACUGACCCAACCCAAGAGACUCAGAAACCCAACCAGACGCAGCCAAAAAAGCCACCGCAAAAGCGGCCUUUGAAGCAGCCACCGCAAGCCCCAACUGAGCCCAAAGAAGAGGACCAGCCACCUCAGGCAUUCCCAUCAUUCGGCAACGGGCUAUUCCCCUAUCAUCAGCCACCAUGGCAAAUCCCACAGAGGCUGCCGCCGCCGCCAGGUUAUGGACGCCCACCAGCCAGCAACGAAGAAGGGGGGAACCCCUACUUCGGAUAUUUUGGAUAUCAUGGCUUUGGAGGUCGCCCUCCUUACUAUUCAGAAGAGAUGUUUGAACAAGACUUUGAAAAACCGAAGGAGGAAGAUCCUCCCAAAGCGGAGAGCCCGGCCAAAGAGCCCACGGCCAACUCGACGGUCACGGAGACUAACUCCACGCAGCCGAGCCCCAGGGCGGGCCCGGGGGGCAACGACACCAGCCCCCCGGGGAGCGGCGGGCUCGGGGUCGGGGGCGGGGGCGGCCCGCAGCCCGCGGGCAACGCGUCGGGCCCGGCGGUGCCGGGAGCCCAGACCCCGCGGAGACCAAGCCAGCCCACCCUCCGGGAAAGCUACCCGAGCCCCAACGCGCGAAAUGUCCCCUGGGUGCGACAGUGGUACCCCGCUGGCACUGCCGUGGGGCGCAGGCAGAAUGGGCCUCUUUACCGCAGCCAGCAGUUCCAGAGGGUCCCCCGGUGGCACUCCUUUGCUCUGGAGAGCAAACAGGUGGCUCGUCCCGUGAAUCCACCUUACCGCAGAGCUUACCCUUCCACUUCAGGAGGCCACUAUCCCAAUUACGCGGGAAACCCCGCCAAUCUCAGGAGAAAGCCUCAGGAACCCAAUAAGCACCCUGUGGGAACCAAUGUGGCCACACUGGGUCCCAAACACAGCACCGUGAACCGCAAUGAAAAAGUCCAGAAUCCAAGGGAGAAGCCACUGGGUCAAAAACAGAGAGUAGCCGUCCCUACAAAGGAGCCAAGUGGCCCCUGGAGAAACUCUCAGCAUUACGGAGUUAAUAAAUCAAAUUACAAACUGCCGCCCCCUGAAAGUAACAUGCCAGUCCCAAGUUUUAAUUCUGUCGAUCAACGUGAAAACUCCUAUUACCAAACAGGAGAUUCCACAAGAAUCCCAAAUUCUAAUGGACAGACCCAAAGCCAGAAUUUGCCCAAAGGGAUUGUUUUAGAGCCAAGAAGAAGUCCGUUCGAAUCUGAAACUCAGCAGCCAGAACUGAAGCACAGGACUUACCAGCCUGGAUACCCUGAGGAGAUCCCUUCUCCUGCAAGGGGACAUUUUCCUGCUGGAAAAAAUACUUGGAACCCCCAAGAAAUCUCUCCACCUUUUAAGGAAGAUCUUGGAAGGCAGGAAGAACAUUUACCUCAUCCUUCCCAUGGCUAUCGGGGAAGUGUCUUCUACCCUGAAUAUAACCCCUAUGGUCCCAGGGAAAACUCACCAUACCUUAGAAACAAUAUGUGGGAUGAGAGAGAUGAUUCUCCUAAUACUAUGGGGCCACAAGAAAACCCACUGUACCCCAUAAAUACUCCAGACCAGAAAGGGACAGUCCCUUAUAAUGAAGAGGACCCGAUUGAUCCAACUGGAGAUGAACCUUUUCCAGAACAAAAUAGAUGGGGUGAGGAGCUGAGCUUUAAAGGGGGCCCAACAGUGAGGCACUAUGAAGGUGAGCAACAUACCUCCAAUCCACCAAAGGAAUAUCUUCCCUAUUCCCUAGAUAAUCCAUCAAAACCCAGGGAGGAUUUUCCUUAUGGUGAAUUUUACCCCUGGAGCCCGGAUGAGAAUUUUCCAUCAUAUAAUACAGCUCCUACUCUACCACCACCUAUAGAGAGCCGGGGCUACUAUGCUAACAGUGCUGUUAGACAAGAAGAAAGCCCUUUAUUUCCUUCACAGAACUCCUGGGACCACAGGAUUCAAGCCCAAGGGCAGAAAGAAAGAGGGCCAUAUUUUUAUAGAAAUUUCUGGGAUCAGGCAACAAAUUUACACAGAGCCCCAGCUUCUCCACCAGAACAGAAAGAGAACCAGCCCUAUUCUAGUCACUCCCCAGCUGGGCUUCAGAAAAAUCCAACAUGGCAUGAAGAUGAGAAUUUGAACUAUGGCAUGCAAAUUACUAGGCUGAAUUCGCCAGAAAGAAAACAUUUAUCUUUCCCAGAUGUAAUCCCUCAAAGUUACCCAUCACAUCAAAAAGAAGCACAUUUAUUUCACCUGAGCCAGAGAGGAUCCUGCUGUGGCAGUGGCUCCCCAGGGCCCAAGGAUGACCCCCUGGCUCUGCAAGUCUACACUCCAUCCUACAGUCUUGCGCCAGGGGAGAACCAAGACACCAGCCCUUUGUAUACGGAAGGUGGCCAUACCAAACAUGCAAGACAUGUAGUCUCCCCGACAAGCAUCCUACCUGGCCAAAGGAACAGCUCAGAGAAGAGACUUCCUGGGGAAAGCCAAGACCCAAGUCCUCUUAGAGAUGACACAUCCACUCUAAGGAGGAGCACGCCAUGUUCUAUGAAGAAUCAGCUGGCCCAAAGGGGCCUGAUGCCCCUUCCUGAAGCCAGUUCCCUUCAGUCAAAGAACACACCUUGUCUCAAAAGUGAUCUUGGAGGAGAGGGGAACAAUGUUCUGGAACAAAUUUUUGAAGACAACCAGCUCCAUGAAAGAACUGUUGACCUAACUCCUGAGCAGCUAGUUAUUGGCAGCCCUGACGAAGGCCCCGAUGCAGAAGGCUUCCAGAGCGAAGUCCAAGGAAAGGAGAGUGAGAGGCAGCAGCAAAGACCCUCUAGCAUCCUGCAGUUACCAUGCUUUGGCUCCAAAUUCUCAAAGCGUCGCUCUUCUAGUGCGGGAACUCCAUCUAGCAACGGAAGGCAAAGCCCAUUUGACGGGGAUCCAAUGAUGCCUACCGAAAAUCCUAACACACUGGCUGAGUUAGCUACUGGGGAACAAUUUAAGGGUAUAAAUGUAGGCCCACUUAAUGCAGAUGAACACGCUCCAUUUGAAUCCCUUCCCAGGGGAACCAAUCCACAGGACCAGGUUCAAGACUGCUUACUACUUCAGGCCUAG